UUUGACCUCAUGAAUAAUUCAUAAGGGCUGGAAGGAGGCUUAGGCUGUACAGGAAGGGUUGCACCAUGUCGGAUAGAGAGAGUGGGGACGAACAGCAGGGUCAGGGAUCUGGUGAACAGGAGCUGGCAACAAGGACUCUUCAGAUACAGUCCAAGAGAUUUUAUCUCGAUGUCAAACAGAACAGACGUGGACGCUUCAUUAAAAUAGCUGAGGUUGGGGCUGGAGGAAAGAAGAGCCGCCUUCUCCUUGCGAUGUCUACUGCAGCAGAAUUCAGAGACUAUUUGACAGAAUUCAGUGAACAUUACGCAUCCCUUGCAGGCCCUCCAAACCCAGAUAACUUGCCCGAGGAUGGAAAAUUAAAGAGUGAGCAGAUGGUAAAAGAAAACCGACGUUACUAUCUAGAUCUUAAAGAAAACCAGCGGGGGCGGUUUCUGAGGGUAAGUACGGUUGCCCAGACCAGACCAAGGGGAGGGCCGCGCUCUCAGAUUGCCAUUCCUGCUCAGGGAAUGAUUGAGUUUCGAGAUGCUCUCACAGAUCUUCUGGAUGAGUUUGGAACAGAUGACCAUGAGGGACAGAAUGAAUUACCAGAAAGCAAAUACUUAAGAGUUGAAAACAAAGUAUUUUAUUUUGAUGUUGGAUCAAACAGACGUGGUGUGUACCUCAGAAUUUCUGAAGUCCGAGCUAAUUACAGGACUGCAGUUACCAUUCCAGAGAGGUCCUGGGGCAGGUUUCGGGACAUGCUAUGUGAAUUCUGUGACAGUUCAUCAGCCAGUAAACCCAGUGCAGGGGCCGGAGGAGGGGGCGAAGAAAGUCAGUAGGCCACUAGGAUCGGGAGAGGAAAUGUGCUUUAAGCAGAUCAGAGGAAUGUACCAUGAAAGUUACAAAUCGUGAAAGUGACCAGUUUAUUUAUUUGUAAGGUGAACUAUCACCAGAACUUUGUCUGACUGUGCAUUGUGAUUGAGGAUACCGAUCAGAAAAAUAAGCAGCUUCUAGGUAAAGUUGGAUACAGCAUCCAUCGACGAGGAUUGAUAAAAGGCAAGGCCAACCUAGUCUUUCACAAACUCUAACAUAUUGAUAUAAAGUUACUUCAACAUGUGAUUUUUGUAUUAUUUACAUCAUGAUUGGUCCUAAGGACAUAUGACUAAUUCAAUCCAUUGAUCAUGCAAGUUGUAAAUUAAUCUAAAUGACAGACAAAGGAAAAGAAAAUGGACAAAAUAUUCAUUAAAGCACAUUUCCUUUGUCACAAUUACCUCCCUUGAGAGGCUGAGUGUUAAGGUACGCGUAGCAGAUUUUUUUCUCAUCGUAAAGAACAAUGUUGGGUGUUUUUGACAACUAGUGUUAUAGUUGUGAUUUGCGUAGUGUGGUGUAUGGAUAUUUAUGAUAAAAGUUUAAGUAUGUUCUUUGUUCUGCACAAUUUGUGCACGUUAUGUUGUAUGGUUAAUAAAAAUGUGGUCAUACAAACACACCCUCUGAAAAUAAUUAACAUACUGAUAUGUAGAAGAAAUUCGAAUUAUGUAUUGGUGCACCAAAGAUUGUAUUGUUUUAGUUGAUAUUGUUUGCUCCUUGUUAGAGAAGGUUUAUGUAUAUUUAUCUUAUUUCUGUCAGAUUGUUGAAAUCAUAUUUUUCCUGUUAUUAGCUGAGCAGCACACUGGUCAGCUUUUAAAUUAUAAUGUUAAGAUUUUAUCAAUUUAAUAUCAUCCAGGGGAGUUGUAAAAAUUGUUAUCAACAAGUGUUGUGUUCUUAUACUUGAAAAAUCUUUUUACAAUCAGACUGGUCAAAUAUGCAACCCUGUCUAUUGAUUCACUUUCCUGUGUAAAGUUUAAACUUGCAUAGACAUGGCAAUAACGUGGGAUAGCAUCUUUCUGUACAUUGUUUUCACACUUUCUCACGUGGCUACAAUCAUUUACAUGAUCUAUGGCAUCUUUUUUCAUAUUAUGAACUUAUAUGAAAUGCAACAAACAGAAGAACAGACUGGCUGUAAAUUGAUUUUUCAGUAGAGACUGCAAAUAGAACUACUCAGGUACAACACUGAGAGUGGAAAGAGAAAGUGAUUUUUCGUGGCCUUUUCAAAUGUUAAAUGUUGAUACAAAAUCAUUCAGUGUUACAAUUUUGAAUUUUUGGAUUACUACAUGUGCAUGAUGUAUUCCAUUUUUUUACAGUACCUGUUUCAGUUUUUAAAGGGGGUUGUGGAAUAUAUAGAUGCUUAGUAGCAGAGCAGUAAAGUAUGCUAUAUGAAAGGAACAAGGCAUGCUUGUCUUUUCAGAUUUCUGUCAGAUAAAAGUUUUAAUCUUGCAACAUCAUCCAUAUUUAAAGAAAUGAUAUAGGAAUGAAUGUUAAUCAGUUGUAUAGAAAAUAAUGUAAUCCAGUAUUUAGGCAGUCAAGAUUGGUCAACUUUGGUUUUUGGUGUGACAGAAAUCUGAAAAGAAGACAAACAUGUCACAUGGUGUAAUGACAUAGAAGUCGUUGAGGAUUAGAAACAUCUGGAAGCUUAGGAAUGCUGUAGUGGAUGAUGUAUUACAGCAAGAUGACUCUUCUCAGGUCUUUAGAUAGAUUUGUGAUGAAGUUUUACCCAGAAUAAUUUCUCCAGCCUUCUGUUAUCACAUCAACACACACUAUUGUAAAUAACAGAGUUGUCUAUAGUGCUAUUUAUUAUUCUUGUGAUUAUUUUAUUCUGGGUAAAAUGCCGUGGCAUUUUGAUUGUUAUUUGUACUGAAAUACAAGUACAAACUUCACUCUUUACUAGAUCUACAGUGGUAAAUGGAAAUAUAAAAUUCUAGAUUAAAAGCCUUUUUCCCAUAGACUUUUAUGAAAUUUUAAAGCUACAGCUUGGUAAUUGAAAAUUGGGGUAUUUUUUUUUUCAACCACAAGCUUGAUUUAUAUAUGGAAAGAAAUAACUGUUAACUCAUGCCCCCAACAGAUUAAUUUGAAAGAUGUCAUCCAUUGAUGUUUACUCUGUUGAUAUUUUUUUACUUGAACAUCUGUACAUCUAUUAGAAAUAUUUAUGUAUUAAAAUAGUACAAUGUGACAUCUUUGCUGUCUUGAUUUAAAGACCUUGAGUGGUUUAAAAACUCUGUUCUCCAAAAAAUUGAGUAUAUCACUGGAUUUGGUAGAAUGACACCUUUGGAUGACAUCAAAGCAAAUUGUAAGCAACUACAAAGAUAUGGAUGAAAUUUGUACCAUCUUCAUUAUCAUCUUGUUGUAAAAGUAUUAAACAUUCAGCAUGUUUUA